AUGCCUCACAUCGACGAAAGUAUCGACCCAGAGGCGAAGGAGCUCUGGCGGCCCUCCGCUCCUGAAACGACCCUGAUCUAUGAUUUUAUGACCAAAGUGAACAAGAAAUAUGCCCUAUCCUUGAGUGAUUACAAUGCUCUGUGGAAAUGGAGUGUCUCUGAGCCAGCCCAAUUCUGGGAGGAAAUCUGGCAUUACACCAAAAUCAAUUCCCACCAGCCAUACAAGCAGGUCCUUGGCACAAAAGAUGUGCUGUUUCCUAGACCUUCGUUCUUCGAAGGCAGCACACUGAACUUCGCCGAGAAUCUUCUCUACCCCGCGACUUCGCCGGAUGAAGAUUCGAUAGCAGUGAUUGGCGCCACUGAAGUCACCCGCGAGUCCAUUUCAUGGAAAGACCUGCGAGAGAGAGUUCGACUGUGCGCAAACGCCCUGAAAGAAGCAGGCCUGAAGACCGAUGACCGUGUGGCCGGUUUUGUGGGCAACCAUGCUAACACUGUUGUGGCGAUGCUGGCCGCAGCCUCAAUCGGUGCCUACUGGACCGGUGUUUCUCCUGACACUGGUGUGCACGCAGUAUUGGAGCGGUUGAAGCAGAUUCAACCUAAGGUUCUCUUCGCAGACAACGGCUCCUUCUACAAUGGCAAGGUGCAUAGCUCACAUGCCAAGGUGUCCGAGAUUGUCUCUGAAUUGCCGGACCUUGAGCUUUUGGUGUCCCUUCCCACCAUCCGAGAACUUGAGGUCGACAUCGACUCUCUUCGACCUGCAAAUGGAAAGGCGAAGGCCUACCGUGACUUUAUCGCCGAGGUCAAGGACUCUCAGGCGCCACUGGAAUUUGCAAGCUUAAGCCCAGAGCACCCUGUCUAUAUCCUGUACUCAUCCGGUACAACGGGAGCUCCCAAGCCUAUAGUACACGGGUCUUUGGGCACAUUGCUACAACACAAGAAAGAACAUCUUCUUCAUUGCGACAUUCGACCAGGUGAUCGUUUGUUCUACUUCACAACGACGACCUGGAUGAUGUGGCACUGGCUGGUAUCGGGCCUAGCCAGUGGAGCAACAAUCGUCUUGUACGAUGGCUCACCCUUCCGACCUUUCGAUCUCGAAGGUGGUAAGGGAGAGAUGGCAAUGCCGCGAUUGAUUGAUGAACUGCAGAUUACGCAUUUCGGCACAUCUGCCAAAUAUCUUUCACUCCUUGAACAAGCCGCUUUGAACCCGCGCAAGCACGUCAACAGACCAGUGUCCCUGAAGACCCUCAGAGCCAUCUUUAGCACUGGGUCUCCACUGGCACCCUCAACGUUCGAAUACGUCUAUUCCUCGAUUCAUGAAGACAUCAUACUUGGUUCCAUCACCGGUGGCACUGACAUUCUCUCUCUCUUCGCCUCCGGUUGCCCUAUUCUUCCAGUCUACAAGGGAGAAAUCCAAUGUCGGUCUUUGGGCAUGGACGUCUCAGUGUUCGACUACGCUGGCAAGGACAUCAGUGAAACAGGCGAACCCGGCGAUCUUGUCUGCGUUACACCCUUCCCAGCCCAACCAGUCAUGUUUUGGCCUCCGGGACCAACAGGCCUUGAGAAGUACCGAAAGAGCUACUUUGACGUGUUCGGUCCCACAGUCUGGCACCACGGUGACUACGUGCGCUUGAACCCUCAGACCGGAGGCGUGGUCAUGCUCGGCCGCAGCGAUGGCGUACUCAAGCCCUCCGGAGUGCGAUUUGGAAGUGCCGAGAUCUACAAUAUUCUUCUCAAGCAUUUCGCCGAGGAAGUCGAAGAUUCACUUUGUAUUGGUCGGAGAAGAGACGGAAUUGACACGGAUGAGACGGUGGUUCUGUUUGUCAAGCUUGCUGGCAAUGAGACUUCUAUGCCGCCGGAUCUUGCAACUCGCAUUCAGGCCACUAUUCGGAAGGAGCUGAGUCCACGUCAUGUCCCUGGCAUUAUUGAUGCUUGCCCUGAGAUUCCUAUCACUUCCAAUGGCAAGAAGGUCGAGAAUGCCGUCAAGCAGAUCCUGUGUGGGCUCAACAUCAAGAUUGGUGCGAGUGUUGCCAACGCGGGAUGUCUUGAUUGGUACAGGAAUUGGGCUUCGGAGCACCCUUAG